AAAAGUUGAGAGUUGAGUUGAGAGCGCAGUUUUGAGGAUGGACUUCGCGAUUAAACUGUGAAUUAAAAAACGCAUCACCUAAUCUUCCUUAAACGGUUUACUUCGCGCGAAAGGCUUAUCUUAUCAGCUGGCUGGCUUGUAAGACACCGAGAAUAACUGCAACAAAUUACAACAGCACUUGCAUCGUCACACACAAACUGUUCUACCGCAGAAUAAGAUUGCUGAGGCACUUGGGCAAAAUACUGAGUACUACAUUGCAACCCGCAAUGGCCGCAUCCACAACUAACUCCGUGAACAACGAACUUCUGCACACGAAGCUGGACCGUAUCUUCAACUCUCCCGUCGAGACUGUAAUUCCUGUUUCAUACUCCAUCGAAAUAGCUGCCAAAGAUGACUUCAAUAUUGGAGAGCUGGAACGGUUAACGCCACAACCCGUCUUCUGUGCCCUUCCCUGGAUUUUGGACGAUAAUCUACGUUACGCAGACGACUUUCUUCGGGCACCGACUCUGCAGUUGACUGGCCAGCUUCGCAACGCGCAAUAUACCGUGGUAAAUCAUGUUUCCUGCUAUAACAUAACGGAGCAGCAGGUAGAGGGACUGCUUUCCGCUGGCAUCCAGAACCUUUUCGUCAUCCGUGGGGAUACCGUACAUCAGGACCAGAAAUUUCAGCACUCCGCUGAUUUGGUGCAGUUUCUGCAACAGCAACAACCAGACCGUCCCAGGCUAACGAUCGGUGUCGGUGGCUAUCCGUACGGUCAUCAUCAAUCACCUUCAAAGACGGAAGAGUUGCGUUAUCUCAAGGAAAAGAUUGACCACGGCGUAGACUUUCUUCUUACCCAAACGCUGUACGAUGCGGAGUCCUUCUUUCGCUACCGGGAGCAGUGUAGAACGGCAGGGAUCAGAAUUCCCAUAAUACCGGGCAUUUAUGUUCCAUACUCCUAUCGACAUCUGCGGGCAAUGCUGAACUUGACACGCAUCACGCUACCACCGGCGUUAGAUGCUGUAUUCGCGGCGCACGCCAACGAUGAUCCGGAACAGUUCGAAGCAUUUGCAGUAGAACAUUUCGUUGGAGUAUUGCGAGAGCUGCUGAAACCGAAUGUGACGUCGAAUGAUCCGAUAAAGUUGGUGCAUUUGUUCUCGUUCAACAAAUUUGCUCUGGUGCAGAAGGUACUCCAGAAGUUGAAUGACUUUUUCUACUGAAGUAUGAAGAAACUACCAACAUGGGAUUUUCUUGGAUAAUCGAUCGAUUCUUCAUUCUGGGACACAUCAGCUAGAACCGCCAACCCUUCGACACGUGCUGUAAGACGUAAAAGAAUUGUUAAUAAUAUUAUCUCAACUAAGCAAAUUUUGUUUAAUAUUUUGUGAUACUUUAUGCUCGUAUGUGCCACCGUCAGUGUAUGUAUU